AUGGCCUUCACUCUCCAGAGUCAGCACACAGUUAAUGCUAGAGUCACACCACUGCUUGAAGACUUCUGCACAACCAAAGUUAUGGAAAGAUCCUGCAUCUUCUACAGAGCAUGUAUGGAUAUCCCCAGAGGAACAGAGCUGCUGGUUUGGUACAACGACUCCUACACCUCGUUCUUCGGUAUCCCGCUGCAGUGCAUCGCCCAGGAUGAAAACUUAAAUGUCCCAGCCACAGUGGUGGAGGCCAUGACGAGGCAGGAAUCCCUCCAGUCCUUCAGCAAAAACGGCAAACCCUCUUCCUCAUCCUCUUCAUCGUCCUCCACUCCGUCCUCCACCCUCAUGCGCUCCAUGGUCUUCCCCCACUCCCCCUGCCCUCGGAGUUUCUCCCUGUUGGAUAAGGUUGGGGUUCAGUCGGACUCCAGUUUUGGCCAGUUGGGGUCAAAGAACCAGAGAGUCCUGGCAAGUCCCACAUCCACCAGCCAGCUUAGCAGUGAGUUCAGCGACUGGCACCUGUGGAAAUGUGGCCAGUGCUUCAAGACCUUCACCCAGAGGAUCCUGCUCCAGAUGCAUGUGUGUCCGCAAAAUCCUGACCGGUAA